CUUUUUUUCAAUGAAACCUAAGGUGGGAUUAAAUUGGUUAGUAAAAACAUGUUGCAAAAGUUUUAUCAGUGUUGUAAAAUGAUAAACAAAGUGGAUGCACAGGAAAACUUGAAAAAUUUGGUGGCCUGUUUCAGUAAUAAAACAUUCGAACGUAACAUGCCUCAUAACCCCUACUGUUUCGAAAACAAAAAUCAACCAUUUCGAUCAUCGCCGUGAUUUGCUAGCGACCAUUCCCUCGGUUAGGCAACUGUCAGAAUUCAUUGAAUAAACUCCACUACCGUCGCAGUGCGAGGACAGGGCGCAACAUAUAUACGCAAUGUUCCGUUCGCCGUGCAGGGUGAUUUAGUAUUGGUGUUGUAUACAGCGAAUUGUCAGUGAUUUAACAAGCGAAUGCACGCACACAGCCACAGCAGGCGCACAGGACGGGCGAUUUUAAUUCAUUAUUCGAUAUUGGAAGGUUCGUUCGUUCAGUAAAAUGUGGCUCCACCAGCUCUGGACUGGGGCGAGUCGUUUCAAACGCUACGCUAGUGCGGAUCCGUUCUGUGGUGUGUCUCCGCUGUGAAGCUCGUCGUAGACAUCGUCGUCGUCCCCGCUUCGUUCGGGUCUCUAAUACGCUUGAAAACAUUGAUUGGUGUAUACAAAAUCUUAAUUUUUCCGCUAAGUUGCUUGCUGCGUUCGUGUGUAAUCGCAAAUCGGAGACUGCAGUUUUGUAAAAAUUUUAUUUCCAUUGUCAUCAGCAGAAGCGCGACGCAGCAGGCGGUGCAAUUAUCAUUGGAAAAAAUAGUGUGUGUUUGUUGUCUCGGGACGGAAAUCGUAUAAUUUGUGCAAUUCGCUCCGCACCGGAUCCGUCGUGAGGAAAGACCAAAAAACAUGACGCCGUAAUCUAAGUGACAAUUGUGACACGGAACGCACGGUGUAGGGAUAGUUUUUCGGUUUUAUCUUAUCGGAGAAGUGAAAUAGUUAUUGUUCUGUUUUUUUUUUUCGGUGGCCGUGAAAGCAUCUGAUUUUGCUUUGUUAGUAGGCGGUGGCGAAAAAGUAGUGCCCUGGCAAAUUUGUGUGUUGUUUUCGGCAAGUGUUCUUAGCGCAAAAUGCCUGACCACGACAUAGAGAUAAUUACGAGCGAGCAGCUGCACGGGGAGCUGCGAAAAUCGCACAAAAAUUUUAUCAUCCUCGAUUGCCGCAGCUCGAACGAGUUCGCGGAAAGCCACAUCCGUACGGCGGUCAAUUUUAGCAUUCCAAGCAUAAUGCUGCGGCGGUUCGCCGCUGGCAAGAUCGACAUCACCUCGACGAUCAAGUGUCGCGAUUUGAAGGAACGGAUUCUGUCCUGUUACAAGGAGAGUACCUUCGUGUUGUACAACAAUAGCAACGAUGUGGUGAUCAACGAUCCGGGCUACAAUAAUCAGACGACGAAUGACACUACCAUCAACGUGUUGCACAGAAAACUCAAGCAAGAUGGCUGCCGUGUGGUGUGUCUUGAAGGCGGCUAUGCGAACUUUCGGCAGUCGUUUCCGGAAUGGUGUGAGGAUGAAGUCAUAAACGCUAACCUGCAGUCGGGAUGUGCCGCUACCGAACAACUGAUGGGAUUGAGAACCGGAGACCCCUCCGCGGACGGCCUUGUCCAACAGUUGAUCCGAAAAGCGGCUGGCGCAGCACUGAUGCCACUGUUCGCAUAUCCAUCGCUCCGCAUAUCCAUUCCGUUCUCGGAUUCGGCCUGCAGCAGCAGCACCGAAUCGUCCGACUGUGAAAGUACAACGAAUUAUCUCGCCGAACCGGUCAAAGUUGAACCGGUGGAGAUCAUGACCGGCCUCUUCCUUGGAAACGCUUCCCACAGCGAAGAUAUCAAGUCGCUGAAAAAGUACAACAUUAAGUAUAUUUUAAAUGUGACUCCUGAUUUGCCAAAUGUUUUCGAACGUGACGGACAUAUAAAGUAUCUGCAGAUUCCCAUUACCGACCACUGGUCGCAGGAUCUGGCCGGGCAUUUCCCGAAUGCAAUAAAAUUCAUCGAUGAAGCCCGCUCGAAGGGUGUUGGCGUGCUGGUACACUGCCUCGCGGGCGUCUCGCGAUCGGUAACGGUGACCCUGGCCUAUAUCAUGUUCGCGCGGACGCUCUGCCUAAAUGAUGCGUUCUCGCUGGUCCGAGCCCGCAAACCAGAUGUUUCCCCGAACUUCCACUUCAUGGAACAGUUGCACACCUUCGAGCGACAACUAAACAUCGAUUCGAACCACCGAGCCAAACUGGUUCCCGGAGGUACCACUGUUGGUGCCUGUUCUUCCGCUUCAACGCCUUCGUCAUCGUCGCACAGCCGAGUAGAGUUUCCGUCCUCCAGUGGAUUGGGUCUACGGCGCAAUCUGUCCGGCGAUCAGCCUCACCACUCCGAUAGUACUGGGCCACGGACGCAUCUCGGCAAGUACAGUUGCACCUGUUUCGAGGUAGAGUGCAAAUGUACGCAGGCGGCUAUCGAACUGCUGGGGCCAUUUAGCAGCGGUAUUUCGCCCGAUUCCGGCAUCGAGUUCGACAGGUGGACCACCAGCAGUGACACACCCAAAUGAGACUUUGCCGUAGAGAAAAGGUUCACUCUUCCAGACCCGAUCCAACUGCCAACAACCGAAUCGUCUUCACAGCCAUCUUCUGAGCACCAGCAGCAGCAGCAGUAAAAUUGAUACAGGCAGGAUCCGAAAGGGAGAGCUUUUUCUCUACACAGCCAUACACAGUUGAAGCAGGAAAAACGAAAUCAGGUUUGUUUGAAACCCACAAUUUGUUGUAGCUAAAUGAGCAGAUUUUAUUGUAGAACAUUAUAAAAUGUUGUUAAUUUCCUCAAAGAAGAUGAGAACAUGUCUGAAGGGAGAAACUUUACAUCGUUCUGGUCGCACAACCUGAACGCAGUGCAGCUUGGAGGAAAUUUCUCCGCGUUGUCAUAUGAAACCCCAGUUAGUAGAAGCUUCCCCGCAUUCGGGGGCAGCAAGCCAUUUCGACUGUCAAGAACACUACGAUACAGUUCGAAAAGUUGGACGUGAGUUUGUCUCGAAUCAUAAGCGAACGUGACUUUGAUCGUUAGGAGCACACACAGACACACUGUGCUCGGAUUUUUUUAGAGAUAUUUUGACGAAAGCUUAUCUUGCGGCCGAAUGCGCUGAGUCAGGGAAUACUUACUCAAAAUUGAACAGUAAAAAUAAAAAAAAAACUUACAUUUGUAGCAUUAGUAGGGAUUUUUCUAACGCAGAAAAGGGCCGAAUUUCAGAGGCAGAAAUUUGUCCAAGCAAAAAGUCCAACCUGUGUGGUCGAAGGUAGAGGAAACUAAUGACUAGCACCGUCAUACCGCGGUGACGCAAAACUAGCAGAAAGAAAAAGUGCCAGGUGUUCCCUGGAACUGUUUGCUAAAUGUACAACUAAUUACGUUACUAGCGAAAAUCGAGGUAAUUAAAGCUUCAAUUAAAUAAAACUUUAAAACCCACACACACAGACACAAAUUUGAACUAAAUGAAAAAAUAACUUAUGAUGUAAUAUAGUAACACAUUCUCAAAAUGAAUGAAUGAACGCGAGUACACAAAAGAGCCAAGAUAACGUAGAACUGAGAAAACAAACACACACACGCAGCAAUUAUUUAUGUUGACUUUUGAUUACUAUAAUUAUUAUUAUUAUUAAAUUAAAGAAAGAUAGAAAGAGAAAGAGAGUAAAAAUCAAUCUAUUAUGUGAAUCAAUCCAGCUGACUGCCAGAGGCAGGACAAGCCAAAUUAGAUACUGUAUUAAUUGACGAUGGGCAGAGUCUCGUAGGUGUUUAUGAAUUAAUACAACCAGAGUUGUGUGGUUAAUAAAAGUUUAACAACCAAACCCACACCCACACAAAGCAAGCAGAAACUGUUUACGUAACAAGACAAAAGAGCAAAACUUUCAUGAAUUCCAUUCUAACCAAUUUAAACAGAGAAAAGCGAAACCUAUCCCUACUACAAAAUAGUACACAGUAAAAACUACAGAAACCUUGAACAGAGAGAAAGAGAGAGCGAGAGAGUGGAAAGACAAAGAGAGAGCGGGGAAACGUUCCAGAUUGCCUGGCAGAACUGUAUGUAACUGUAGUUUGUCGCAGCAGGUGAUCAAGCAUAUUCGCGAUAUUUUUUUCUCAGUAAACAAACAAACAAACAAAAACAUGAAUCGACGCUAAAUGAAUUAAUAUUGAAAGAAAACGUUGUAGAAAUAUAUUCAUGAUAUUUAUGUCAGUACUAAA